AUGAGCUUGGGUCGUACGGGCUUCCAGAAAGCUUUGCUCCCUACUCCGUGUCGUCGCGCAAUCCGGGUGGCACCACAGCCCGCCCACGCAGCUUGUCUAGCAAAGCCGUUCAGGCUCCAGAGACGAAGCGUUGCCGACGUAAACCUGAACGCGCAGGUUCGAGCUACAGUGGGUGAUGUUGCCGCUGGAGGUAAUAGUGUGGAUCCCAUUUGGGCGAUCGCGGACCGUGACUACGAAAGGCGAAGAGGCGCAUUUUACUUUCGAACGGAGGGAAUCCAGUUUUUUUGUGACGAGAUCAGUGGGGUUGACAAAGAAGUGGAAUUUUGCACCCUGCCACACACCCUCGGAGCUGUACUACUGUUCCGCUUCACAGACGGAUCACUUGUCUCGACUGGCAGGACGAUGGAAAUGUGCGCGAACUCGUCCACCGGUCCAGACGGAGAAGACACAUGGCGUCCGGUGUUUCUGCGUUCCGCAAGACGAGCGGACUACCGUCGCAGCGAUGGGCAGGAAAUCUUCCGCUUUACGGAGCGCCGCGCCUCGGGUCCGAGUCUGUCUUUCUGCGUAACUCCGUCGCGUCGUUUCAUAUUUGGUGGCGAGUCUUCUGAUGGGACCAUGUCGACGCAGGGACUACGCAGAAACGUUUCCUUCUCGGUGAAAGAUCACCUCUCAAGGACUCUCGUCGCCAGGAUGUUGCGUGAAAAUUGGGCUUGUCAGCCGUCUUACCCCCGCGCGUAUUGGCUGCAGGAACUGGAUUGCUGGAAGGAUGUGCACGGCUUCGUCCGAUCGAGACUUAUACCAGGAAUUGUUGAAUUGGAGCGAUUGUUGUGGAAACCCUUCGGCCUUUCCCUGUCGUUUUCCCUGUCAACCUGCGACACUGGCGCGCUUCUGUUCUACCAAGUCGGGCAUUACCGUGUCUUGCAUCGUUGCGCCGCGUAUUCAGGUCCGGGUAAGCACCACAAGCUUAUUCCGAUGACGAGAGCGGUUGGUGGCAGUGGUCGAACAACGCCGAUGGCAGCGAGCGACAUCGACGCAAUCGAUCUCGUCGCUGCGCUCGAUUACGAAAGAGGACCAGAAAGAAAACUCGUGGGAUGUUUUCUUUUCCCUCAAGCAGUCGUUCGGGCCGAGCUGCAGUGCCAUGAACAACAUGACGCUCGGGCGCAAUGUGAAAAGUAUCUGCUACUGGUUUAUCCCCCUUCUAGCCAGCCCACCAUGCGCAAGACGAGAAAGAAAAAAGACGAACAGCAGAGAUGGUAUAUCGACCUACGUGCAGCCGCGUGUGCAGCCACGCGGCUUCAGAAGCUGCGCGGAAUUCUCGAAGAAAUCGAAGCAGUCAAGCGGAUCUCUACUGAUUUAAACAUCUCUGAAACGCCAGUAGCUGCAGGUGCAGCCAUCUCCCGCUGAAACCAACGGUCACAGAAAUUGCUACACGUAUACUCCACAUACACAUAGUACGUUCUAUAAAUAUUCUUUUCUGUUUCCACUCGGCAUGCUUUUCAGCAUAUUGAACUGAAGAUCGAAGAAGCAGAUGCUGAUGAGGAUGAUGGGUCGGCGUGUCUAGCGU